CUGGACUAGCAGAGAGAACACAAGUAGAGGACGCCCUCGUUAUCACAUUAAUUUCCAAGAUUGUAAGAAGACAAGACUGCAAAGGAAAGACAAAAUCAUUAUUCAUAAUGAUUAUCAGGUUACUUCUCUUGGUGUCACUACCAGUAGUAAUGAAAGUCCAAAGAGUGGAAGGACUGCUGCGGGACAGGUGUCCUCUACCAACUACUCCUACAACAACCACAAAUUCUUCUACUGUCAUACAAACUACCACAGUUACACCAACUAAAUCACCCGCAGAGACAAAGGCAGCCAUAGCUGCUGCAGCUGCAGCAGCAUCUACAUCAUCAAUUGCUGCAGCAACAGCAGGCGCCAUAGCAGCUACAGCUGCAUCGGCCAACGCUGGACCUUCUGCAGAAAGGGCAAGGGCUGCUGCAGAAGAAGCAAUCAAGGCUGCUGAAGAGGCAGCGAGAAUGGUAGAAGCAGUACUCAAUGGAACCGCAUCACCAGAUGAAGCCAUACAAGCAGCACAAAAUGCAGCACAAAAGGCAGAAGAGGCAUCUUUAGCAGCAAAGGAAGCAGCAGAGGCUCUCCCAAAUUCAACUGCACCGUUUACUGUCAUAAUUCUUCAAGCAUCUGCCAAUGCAACAGAAGCAGCGCUCAAAGCAGCCCAGGCAGCAAACAAUGUAUUUACAAUAACUCCUGAAAGUCUGGCUGCAGCAUCUGCAGCCAUGAAUGAGUCAGCAAUAGCAACAGAAAAAGCCCUCAGAGCAUUACUAUCAGCAGUCCAACAAAAUGACACUGUACCCCUUGAUCCGGAAAUAGAAGGAUUUGUGUCAUCAGUAGCGGAGAGUGCUGCACAAACCACAAACAAAGCCAUAACAGCAAUAGAAAAGGCAGCUGCCUCUACAACAGCAGCAACACCAGAAGAGGCAAACCGUCUAUUGGAUGAAGCUAUUGAUUCAGUUCAAGAUGCCAAUGGUUCAACAAACCAAGCUAUUCAGUCUGCUACAAAUGUAUUAUCAACAAUACAGAAUUCUACUACCACUGUCACACCAACUACUACAGUAACACCAACUAAAUCACCUGCAGAGACAAAGACAGCCAUAGCUGCUGCAGCUGCAGCAGCAUCUACAUCAUCAAUUGCUGCAGCAACAGCAGGCGCCAUAGCAGCUACAGCUGCAUCGGCCAACGCUGGACCUUCUGCAGAAAGGGCAAGGGCUGCUGCAGAAGAAGCAAUCAAGGCUGCUGAAGAGGCAGCGAGAAUGGUAGAAGCAGUACUCAAUGGAACCACAUCACCAGAUGAAGCCAUACAAGCAGCGCAAAAUGCAGCACAAAAAGCAGAAGAGGCAUCUUUAGCAGCAAAGGAAGCAGCAGAGGCUCUCCCAAAUUCAACUGCACCGUUUACUGUCAUAAUUCUUCAAGCAUCUGCCAAUGCAACAGAAGCAGCGCUCAAAGCAGCCCAGGCAGCAAACAAUGUAUUUACAAUAACUCCUGAAAGUCUGGCUGCAGCAUCUGCAGCCAUGAAUGAGUCAGCAAUAGCAACAGAAAAAGCCCUCAGAGCAUUACUAUCAGCAGUCCAACAAAAUGACACUGUACCCCUUGAUCCGGAAAUAGAAGGAUUUGUGUCAUCAGUAGCGGAGAGUGCUGCACAAACCACAAACAAAGCCAUAACAGCAAUAGAAAAGGCAGCUGCCUCUACAACAACAGCAACACCAGAAGAGGCAAACCGUCUAUUGGAUGAAGCUAUUGAUUCAGUUCAAGAUGCCAAUGGUUCAACAAACCAAGCUAUUCAGUCUGCUACAAAUGUAUUAUCAACAAUACAGAAUUCUACUACCACUGUCACACCAACUACCACAGUUACACCAACUAAAUCACCCGCAGAGACAAAGGCAGCCGUAGCUGCUGCAGCUGCAGCAGCAUCUACAUCAUCAAUUGCUGCAGCAACAGCAGGCGCCAUAGCAGCUACAGCUGCAUCGGCCAACGCUGGACCUUCUGCAGAAAGGGCAAGGGCUACUGCAGAAGAAGCAAUCAAGGCUGCUGAAGAGGCAGCGAGAAUGGUAGAAGCAGUACUCAAUGGAACCGCAUCACCAGAUGAAGCCAUACAAGCAGCGCAAAAUGCAGCACAAAAAGCAGAAGAGGCAUCUUUAGCAGCAAAGGAAGCAGCAGAGGCUCUCCCAAAUUCAACUGCACCGUUUACUGUCAUAAUUCUUCAAGCAUCUGCCAAUGCAACAGAAGCAGCGCUCAAAGCAGCCCAGGCAGCAAACAAUGUAUUUACAAUAACUCCAGAAAGUCUGGCUGCAGCAUCUGCAGCCAUGAAUGAGUCAGCAAUAGCAACAGAAAAAGCCCUCAGAGCAUUACUAUCAGCAGUCCAACAAAAUGACACUGUACCCCUUGAUCCGGAAAUAGAAGGAUUUGUGUCAUCAGUAGCGGAGAGUGCUGCACAAACCACAAACAAAGCCAUAACAGCAAUAGAAAAGGCAGCUGCCUCUACAACAGCAGCAACACCAGAAGAGGCAAACCGUCUAUUGGAUGAAGCUAUUGAUUCAGUUCAAGAUGCCAAUGGUUCAACAAACCAAGCUAUUCAGUCUGCUACAAAUGUAUUAUCAACAAUACAGAAUUCUACUACCACUGUCACACCAACUACUACAGUUACACCAACUAAAUCACCUGCAGAGACAAAGGCAGCCAUAGCUGCUGCAGCUGCAGCAGCAUCUACAUCAUCAAUUGCUGCAGCAACAGCAGGCGCCAUAGCAGCUACAGCUGCAUCGGCCAAUGCUGGACCUUCUGGAGAAAGCGCAAGGGCUGCUGCAGAAGAAGCAAUCAAGGCUGCUGAAGAGGCAGCGAGAAUGGUAGAAGCAGUACUCAAUGGAACCGCAUCACCUGAAGAAGCCAUACAAGCAGCUCAAACAGCAGCACAAAAAGCAGAACAGGCGUCUUUGGCAGCAAAGGAAGCAGCAGAGGCUCUCCCAAAUUCAACUGCACCGUUUACUGUGACAAUUCUUCAAGCAUCUGCCAAUGCAACAGAAGCAGCUCUCAAAGCAACCCAGGCAGCAAACAAUGUGUCUACAACAACUCCUGAAAGUCUGGAUGCAGCAUCUGCAGCCAUUAAUGAGUCAGCAAUUGCAGCAGAAAAAGCCCUCAGAGCGUUACUAGUUGCAGUCCAACAAAAUGACACUGUACGCCUUGAUCCAGAAAUAGAAGGAUUUGUGUCAUCAGCAGCGGAGAGUGCUGCACAAACCACAAACAAAGCCAUAACAGCAAUAGAAAAGGCAGCAGCCUCUACAACAGCAACAACACCAGAAGAGGCAAACCGUCUGUCUACUGAAGCUAUUGAGUCAGUUCAAGAUGCCAGUGGCUCAACAAACCAAGCCAUUGAGUCUGCUUCAAAUAUAUUAUCAACAAUACAGAAUUCUACUACCACUGUCACACCAACUACCACAGUUACACCAACUAAAUCACCUGCGGAGACAAAGGCAGCCAUAGCUGCUGCAGCAGCAGCAGCAUCUACAUCAUCGAUUGCUGCAGCAACAGCAGGCACCAUAGCUGCUACAGCUGCAUCGGCCAACGCUGGACCUUCUGCAGAAAGCGCAAGGGCUGCUGCAGAAGAAGCAAUCAAGGCUGCUGAAGAGGCAGCGAGAAUGGUGGAAGCAGUACUCAAUGGAACCGCAUCACCUGAAGAAGCCAUACAAGCAGCUCAAACUGCAGCAGAAAAAGCACAAGAGGCGUCUUUGGCAGCAAAGGAAGCAGCAGAGGCUCUCCCAAAUUCAACGGCACCGUUUACUGUCCUAAUUCUUGAAGCAUCUGCCAAUGCAACAGAAGCAGCUCUCAAAGCAGCCCAGGCAGCAAACAAUGUAUCUACAAUAACUCCUGAAAGUCUGGCUGCAGCAUCUGCAGCCAUAAACGAGUCAGCAAUUGCAGCAGAAAAAGCCCUCACAGCGUUACUGUCUGCAGUCCAACAAAAUGACACUUUACUUCUUGAUCCAAAAAUAGAAGGAUUUGUGUCAUCAGCAGCGGAGAGUGCUGCACAAACCACAAACAAGACCAUAACAGCAAUAGAAAAGGCAGCAGCCUCUACAACAGCAGCAACACCAGAAGAGGCAAACAGUCUAUUGGAUGAAGCUAUUGAGUCAGUUCAAGAUGCCAGUGUCUCAACAAAUCAAACCACUGAGUCUGCUUCAAAUAUAUUAUCAACAAUACAGAAUUCCACAACCACUGUCACACCAACUAUUACAUUCUCACCAACCAAUGGAGACACAGCCACAACCACAGCUACAACAAUAACAACAGGCAGCGGAGACAACCAGGCAACAGCAGCAGCACCAAUCAACAAAAUUAGUCUUUUUUCUGUCACAAUAGCUCUAACUGCUGUUGUUCUUCCAUAAACCAAUUGAUUUCAUGAUCUGUAUACACAUGUAAAUUAUUUACAUUAUUUAUUGCUCUUUAUUUAUUGUGUGAAUGAAAACUAAAAUCCAAAUGUCUUUAAUAAUGUAAGAAAAAAAAUACUGUAUAUAAUAUUACUUUCAUUGUGUAGUAAUGAAAUGAUGUAGUAAUUUACAACUACUAUGCACCACGGUUAAGUCAAAUAAUUAAUUAAAAAUAUAUAUCUCAACUGCUUU